AUGGAGGAUAUGGGUCGUGGCAACAUCAAAAAGACCCUUCGAGCGCUGGCAUUACUACCAGCUGAGCAAACACGGCUGAAGAAAGAUAUUACAAACUUCUGGAGAUCAAAGUUGCCAACAACGGAUACUACCAGAGUCUCGAAAGCCGUCAUUCUCUCAGUGGCUCAAGCUUUCAUUGACCAGAAGGGUGCCAUGUACUUCUCCACCAACACUCGCACAACACAAGAGAAUGUUCUACACUCCAUCGCGGCUAUUAUUGAAUCCCAACGACGAAACUACUAUGAUAACCUCUCUCGCAGGAAAGGGAAACGGCGAGCUAUGUCUCAGACGCCGAGACCACGAAGGGACUCAUUGGAGGCCAGGACGGUGCCAGAUAGUGCAUCAUGGGAUUGGUGUAAGAUACUGAUCCGAGUCAACCGCAAUCUGCGCUAUAGCAUCACUGACACGACACUAGUGAGCCUUCCGGAGACUGAAAACCGGAUAGCACAUAGUACAACCGACGGAAGCUAUUUGCCAUCGGAUGGUGAGCCAUCUGAUGAGCAGAUUGGCAUCAUCUACAGGGCGAGGAGGGAACAUUCCGCUGUUCCCGAAAUCAUAGGGUCAGAUGAUGUCGAAGAAGUGGAAGGAAAAGAAGAAAAUACUGCAGUGAAUUUCGAGUUCUUGGGCAGAAGGUGGGAAUUCAAGAGUCUGGAAGCUAUGACGAAAGCCCUGGCAACUUUUAUACUGAAGUUGUCAGGCCAAGCAAAAAGAUAUCGCGAAUCAAGCGAUCGGAAAGGCUUUGGCGAGCCUGAAAUAUCCAAAGAUACCAUCCUCGAUGAUUUUUACGCCCUCGAGGUCUUCCAGAACAUCGGGGAUGAGCUUCAGUCUUAUCGCGCCGGAAUGAAUCAGAACAAUGCACCGGAUGAAGAUAGUUCACCCACCGAGAUGACUUUCCAAAACACAACAUGGACAUUCAAUUCUCUCGACCACAAGGCUGCGUCACUAAAGGGAGCCCUGGAACGAGUUACGCGGGAGAUCAAAUCGCACCUCGGGGAUCUCGACGAAGGAGACUUGCCAUAUAAGGCUGUCAAAUGCCACACGAAUCAAUACUCAGGCUGGUUGAAAGGAGCGUUCCUCAGCAAUGGAGCCAAACUGUUGCCGUGUUAG